AUGGAAGAGAUUGUGCAAAAGGUUGAGAAUGAAAUUUGCGAAUAUUGUACAGAAGAUAAUAGAAUAUUUUUGAUAGACCAUGACACUAUGAAACAUAAGUUGACAUUAGGAUUAACAAAAUAUGAUGAAGAGUUUGAGGUAUAUUAUGACAAAGACUAUCCUAAAUCAAAAUACUAUGUUCAAAUGAAAGGAAAGAAUAAUGAGCAUACAGUUAAAAGAACCAACUCAAUGAUAGAAAUUGGGGAAGUAAAAGGGAUUAAAGAAGUAAUGAAAAUAUUUCUAGAAAAUGAUAAAGACGAGAGAAAUUAUAUUAAAAAAAAACAAGAAAAUAGAGAAAUACAAAAGAAAAAAAUGAAAGAAAGAAUGAAAGAGGUAUAUAAAAGAGUUGUUAGUUCAGAAGAAAAAACAAAACUUAAUUUUAAUACUCAACUUGCAUUUCAAAUAUUGAGUGAUGAUAUUAUUGAAAUUCAUUUAAAUAAAGAAAAAUAUAAAUUUGAUGUUGAAGCAGUGGGUGAUAAUCCAUUUCAUUGGAUUGUAUCAUUUUUUGGAUUUAAUGAUAAUACUAACAUAGGAAAAGAUAUUAUGAAAUUAGAGACGUUAUCUACAUUAGAUUGUAUUCAAAUGGAGUUUAAAUUUUCAGUAACAAUGUUUCCAGUUUUUCCACCUGAAUAUAAUUUUCUUGUACCAAAAUUGACUAAAGAAUCAGUAAGGUGUAUUUUUCAAAGUGGGGUAUUUGCAGAUGAAUGUUAUAAUCCAUUUACUAAAAUUAAAUUAUUUAAUAUUAUUUGGGAGUUAAUUAAACUCUUUGGAAGAAUAGAUUUUGGAGUAAAUCAACGUAGUGUAUUAGACUAUACUAAUAAAGAAUUUUAUAAUGAACAACAACUAUGCAAACCAUUUAUUGGUCAAGUUACUCAUUUGGGACAAGAAUUUAUUUUGAAUAAUAAAAUUAAUAAUAUUCCUACUAAUAAUUCAAUUCAAUUUAAUUCUUUUAUUACACAACAUUGUCCAUGUAUUGAAAGGUUCUUAGAUGGAAUGAAACGUGUUCAUUUCAUUUCAGUUAAUGAAUCAGGAUUCUUUUGUUGGCAUGGUACUUCUGAUGCAUCUAUCAAAUCAAUAUGUAGAGAAGGAUUUGAUCCAAUGAGAAGGACUGGACAAUCUUAUGGAAGAGGAGAAUAUUUUGGAAAGACUGCUAACAUUUCAAUGACAUAUUGCAAAGGGAAUUAUCAUCUAAUCUUAUGUUAUGUGCUUAAAUCAGAUAAAGUCAAAAAAAUUGAUUUGGGGUAUGUCGUCGAUAAUCCAUCUGAUUGGAGUUAUUCAUAUUGUCUUCCAUUAUUAGUUAUUACUUAUGGAAAUGGAAAACCCGUUAACUUUUUAGACAAAAUGUUAAAUUAA